UCAUUUCAUAAAAGAGUACAGAGAGUUUACGGGCAAUGGAGAUUAAGGUGGAAGAUGGAAACUCUCAUGAUCACCAUCUCAAUGAGCAAAAGCUUCCCCUCCUGGAAGCUGCAGGUUUGCCCAUGCCUAACACACAAGUGAAAAACCUGAUUCAGAAAGCGAUUACUCAGACAUUUAAGAGCACAGCCCAUUUGGCUAAUCUAUUACCAACAGGAACGGUUCUUGCUUUCCAGCUCUUAUCGCCCAUAUUCUCUAAUCAAGGCAACUGUGACUCAGUUAGCAGGUUCAUGACCACAGGUCUAGUAGCUCUAUGUGGCUUGUCAUGUUUCUUAUCGAGCUUCACAGACAGCUUUAUAGACAAGAACGGGAACGUUUGUUAUGGUUUCGCUACAUUUCGUGGGUUAUGGAUUAUUGAUGGGUCAGAAACUAUUGAACCUGAGAUUGGUGCAAAGUACAGGCUGCGGUUUAUAGAUUUCAUGCACGCCCUCAUGUCAAUACUUGUGUUUGCAGCUAUUGCGCUGUUUGAUCAGAAUGUGGUAAAUUGCUUCAAUCCAACACCAUCCGCUGAGACGCAGGAAGUCCUCAUGGCAUUGCCAGUGGGGAUUGGUGUAAUUUGCAGUAUGUUGUUUGUUGUUUUUCCUACACAGCGCCAUGGAAUUGGCUUCCCUCUCUCUGCUAUCUGAUAUAUACUUGGUUCCCUGCUUGCUCUUCAAGAUGUAAAGCUCAGGCAAAUAUAUUUGUACGUGUCGUCAUUCUUUUCUGUAUUCUUUUGUUAAAGGAUUCACAUAUAUGAUCAUUUCAUUCUCCCUGCAAAUUGAA